GCCUAACCACUCCCAGCAGUCAGAUUUGUACAAGCCGUCGAGAUCACCUUUAACAAAUGCAGCUCGUUACCCCUAUCCCGUUUCGCCGCAACUCCAGACGACGGUCACGCAGGUAUCGAACCAGCGAUACAAUGUCCCUCCGACGCCGUCGUUUCCGCCCGGAGGAUACAGGGAUUACCGCCAGCCUCGGAUCUCGCUUCUUCACCCCGAGUACAGCACGAGGGCGAGGGAGCAAAUGCAGGGCGGCGGAUCUCUCAUGCACCACAUGGACUCGAUGUCCAAUCAGGGCCAGCAGCCCUUCAAAAAGAUGCGUCUACAAGAUCAGAAGGAUAUGCAACCGCUGCGCAUAGACACGAGGGAACAGUCGGGCGCCUACAAUCCGCAAGUCGAGGCGAUUUCGCCGACGUUUCCCGACCACGUACAGCAGGAGGAUCAGGCGUUUCGCAGCACGAAGGACGAGCUGCUCCAGCAGAUUGGCAAGGUCGACCGUGAGAUAGCGAAGGCGGAAGCGCAGAUCAGCAUAUUGAAGAAGAAGCAGCAGGAACUGGAGGAGCUCGCCUUAAAACCAUCGCAAAAGCAGGAGCCGCAGGAGGACACGCAACCGAAGCACCAGAGCCUCGCGCAGAAGAUCUACGCGGAGAACAGGAAGCGCGCGCAGAACGCCCACGCGAAACUAGAACCCCUAGGUCCGAAAUUAGAAUUUCCUUUAUACAAUCAGCCCUCCGACUCGUCGAUGUACCAGGAGAACUGGCGGAAGCACGUCUCGUUCAAAAAACGCUUAUUAGAAUAUUUUAAGAAGAGGCACACGGAGAAGGAGUCGAGAAAUUCGUACCUGACCGAGACCUACAGCAAACUAAUGCAGGAGUGGCUGAGGAAGGUCGAUAAGAUCGAGUCCGGUGUUAAGAGGAAAGCGAAGGAGGCGAAGAAUAGGGAUUUCUUCGAGAAGGUUUUCCCGGAACUUAGGAAGCAGCGCGAGGACAAGGAAAGUGUCAACUUUUCCUACAGGUUCAAUCGGGUGGGGGCGCGCAUCAAGUCCGAAGCCGAUCUGGAAGAGAUCAUGGACAAUUUGCAGGAGCAAGCGCUCGAGGACAAGAAGAUGCGAAGUUACGCCGUGAUUCCGCCGCUGCUGUUGGACGCGAGGGAGCGCAAGAUAACCUACAAGAACAACAACGGACACAUAGUGGAUAUGGAGGUGGAGUAUAAAAGCAGGCAGUUUUUAAAUGUAUGGACGCCAAGUGAGAAAGAAAUUUUUAAAGAGAAAUAUUUACAACAUCCGAAAAAUUUCGGUGUAAUAGCCUCGUAUUUAGAUAGAAAAUCGGUAGCGGACUGUGUCCAAUAUUAUUAUUUAAGUAAAAAGACGGAAAAUUUUAAACAGUUGUUAAGAAAGUCGAGACAACGGACGCGAUCGUCUAGGAAUAACACGCAAAAGGUUAAUAAUAGUGCGAGUACGUCCGUUGUCGAUAUCUUAACGACCGGUGUAACUACAAGACUGCAAAGGGAGCAACAGAAGACGACCGUACAGCAGAACAGGGACGUUUUAGACUCUCUCCCGUGCGCGGCGCCCGCGAUUACAACUCCGACGACCACGACCACCGAGCCGGGUAGCCCGCCGGCGGUCGUCUCGUCGAGCAUGUCACCUCCUCUGGUCUCGUCGAGUACGACUCCCACACUAGUGACGGUAACGACAACUACGUCAUCCAAUCUCAAUGUGAGUACGGCUGUGAAUGUACCUGGUACGACGACGUCCCCCAAACCGCCCGACACCGCGCCGGCCAGUGGCGACACCCCGAAACCGUUUAGUGACUUUAACUUAUUCGAGGACGCCAAAAAGGCGCCCAGCGAGCCGGCCGACGGCAACGUCGAGGCGCCAACGCCGCCGGUACAGGGAAUCAUUAGUAUUAAAAAGGAGAUCGAGCUGCUCGAGGAGAACAACAUUAGUGAUCAUAGUUUAACGUCGACGGAAACGAAAAAGAAAAAGGAGAGGAGAAAAGAUAAGGAGAAUGUCGCGACCGAGUCGAGCGAGGACGAAACUUUGGACGCGCAAGAUAAAUCCGUUCAGGGUCAAUGUUUGGUGUGCGCGUCCCAGUUGGGCCCUCAGCUUCAGUCGAGACCUUUGAUGCCGAGCCACGCGUCGUUGUACGGUCUUCGGGAGGAUCAGGUACCGUCGAGUGCGCGCGUUUGCAACAUGUGCCGGUGUAAGUGCGUAAGGUCCCGCUAUACCCACUGCCCGUUACCCAACUGCCCCAACUCGAGGGGGCGAAUCAAACGGUUAAGAUCGUUUCCUCAGCGACUAAUGGAGCUUCCAUCCGAUGUCAGAGAUCCGAUCCUCGCCGAGUUCCACGUGCCGAGCGGCGUUAGCAAGUGCUGUUCGGCCUGCUUUAGCCGAUUUCAACGACGUUUGGGACCGGUGGAGGAGUGGCCGGAGGAGGAGGUUGGGCAGUUGCGAAACGUCUUGACCGAGGUCGGUGCGAACUGGCAGCUAAUAGGGGAGAGAUUGAGCAAACCGCCUCAGCAAGUUCGAAAUUUUUACGCCGCCAAUCGAAAACGCUUAAAUUUGGAGAUGUGUCUGGGCGACCGAAAGCCCACGCUAACCGACGAGGAGGAGAGCGGCAGCAGCACGAGCAGCUGCGAGGAGGCGAUGCAGGAUCACAACUCGUCGGACACGGCGAGCGCCGGAAGUCCCCCGACGAUCACCGAGCAGAUCCCGCAGCAUCCCAUCAAAAAGGAGGACUACGAUUCGUCGGCGACGGAAACCGCCGACGAAGGUCAGACCCCCGAUCACUACCAGAGCUCCGCGACCAUCACCGUCAUCAACAACGACGGCCAGCCGAGGCAGAACAGCUCGCCGCUCACCGUCAAGGAUCUCAUGCUGAACGUGAUCGAAUUCUCGCUCAUGAAGGACGCCGGCUCGCAGCAGCAACCGCAUCCGCCGACCAGCGGCAUGACGCCCACGAUCUCCUCGAUCCUCAACAACGACUCGAACGAAGUCACGAUCGUCAGCGAGUACAAUUUGAACAACAUGCAGCCGCCGAGAGGUGGACGAAACGAGAUAUCGAUUACGAAACUGGUAACACCGCUGAUUGCCGCCACGAUUACUCCAGUACCUGCGCCGGGACAAGUUCCACAGCCUCCUCCUCAGCAAGAGCAUUCCAAUCGGAAAUGUUUCAGAGACGAUUUGGUUGUAUUUCAAGUACAAGACAAUCGCGAACCCGAGACUUUAGAUUUGAGCAUUAAGAAACCGCGCGAGCUUCCCCCGCCGAGCCACGCGAAGUUGAGCCAAGCUCAAAUUCAUCGGUCGGACGCUUACGUGGGCUACCACCAGGAGCGGAAAAGUCCCGCCGUGUACGUCUCGACAAUUCCGCGGGUGCAGCCGAAAUUGCCGAGUCCGAAGCUCGCGAAUCCGAAGGCGGGUUCGAUCACGCUCGGCACGCCCAUCAUUAGCCAGCCGCGGUACGAGGGGCUGCUGCGUCAGAUGACGCCCGAACCGAAGAUGGGUUCCAUCACGCAGGGUACCCCCAUCCACGUUCCUCACAUGCAAGACAAGAGAAUGUACGACUAUUAUAAUAAACGACCGCCGAUUCCUCACAACGUUCCGCCCCAAGCCGCAAACUACCAACCCCAAUAUCGACAACCGGCUUACUCGGUGGAGCAACAGCUAAGCUCACGCCAGAUAAUUAUGAACGAUUACAUAACCUCGCAGCAAAUGCUAGGGCGACGCAAUGAAAAACCGCAGUACUACGCGACGUCGAGCCCCCACCGAACUCCGCCCCCGCCACAGCAAGCGCAGCAACGCCAAGGCGUGAUUCAGCGCCAUACCCGACCGCACUAUCCCCCGGGUCACGAAGCGCUCAGCUCUUUGGUUGACGUCGCAGUCCAACAGCCCAACCUACCCGUUCCCAACUCGCCUCACGAGGGUCUGGGAAAAACAAUGGCCGACAAUUUACUCGAGCAACCUCACCGCUUCCAAAUGAUACAGCAUCAGCAGCAACUGAGACAACAGCAACGCCUGGAAGCCGAACGACGUGCCUACCACCAGCAACAGCAGCAGCAGCAGCAGCAACAACAGCAGCAAAUUCGACAUCAGCAGGCUUCGUCUCGAGGCGACUCCUCCACAUUAACAGCGGCCAGUCUAAUCGACGCGAUUAUAACGCACCAGAUCAAUCAAGUCGCCGAAGGCGGACGGGAGGUGGUCUCGAACAACCGAGAGCCGCCGCGACCGGGCGACCGCCUAUUCCAGAGCUUUCACCGGGACCCGCCCCCGCCCCAGCCCGACAACAACGGCGAGCGCUCGCCGUCCGUGAUCAGCGUCGACCUCGAAAACGAGACGACCACCAAAACCCUCACGAUCAAGGAGCUCGCCGAGUCGGUGAUAAGUCACGACUUUAACACGCGACAGGCCGGCUACUACCAUCACGCCGACAACAUCAACGAGCAGUGGAAGAGGCGCAUGCAGCAACAGCAGCAGCAGAAGGAGGAGUCGAAGCGUUCGGCGACGCCGCAGCAGGACGAACGGCAGAUCAUCCGAAUAGCGCAGCAGCAGAAGUACCACGUCGAACCCGUCUCGCCGCCCGAGACGAACCACUGGUCCGAGCAGAACUUCAGACGGUACCAGCAGCCCCAGUCGCAUAUCUCCGCAUUGGACUACGUUAAAAAUCGCAUCGUCGAGGUUAUGCGCACCGAGGACGACAAGAAGGAGUCGCAGGAUCCUCACCACGGGCAGGACAAGGAGAGGAACGACAGUCCCGGCGAUAUGGUCAUAGACGAGGAGAAGCACGAGGAAUUCGUCGGCGGUCAGCCGGCCGGCGGUUUCGCGUACCCUUACGUCGCACACAAAACGGACAACACUGCCAACGAUAACUCUCGAAAUACCGAACCCAAACCGCUGCUGUCGGCGCAGUACGAGCCGUUAUCGGACGAAGAUUAAAUCGACUGUGGCUCGAGCAAUGUAAAUAAUUUGUCUAAGUGAUAUUUUUUAAGGUUAGGUUUAAAUGCAAAUUCGGCUUGUGAGAUUUUUCCGACAGUUCGCGACACGUCCCCUACACCAGUGAUUUUCCACGUUGUCCGGCGAUUACUACUUAAAACUGUCCACGCUCACCGCAAGCGCUAAGCUGGAUUAAGUAGCGUCCAUUUAGUUAUUUUAAUUACAUUGUAGAUACAAAAUAUUUUAACUGUAGGUAUUGACUAAUUGUAAAUACAACUGUAAUCUGUAUAUUUAUGAGUCGGAUAUAGGUUAGGUAGAUAUCUACGAUUUUUAAAUAUUUGCGAAGGAAUUCCAUCUCUUCGGAAAUGUUGCAUGUGUAUAAAUUGUCCAACUUUUGCAUUUCCAAAGGCAAAUUUUUUACAAUUUCUCCUUUUAUUUUUUAUUACGUUUACCGACAUUUUAUCUUUGGGUACGUAACGUGAGGGCGCUCUCGGAUUACGGUACGUAUCGCCGAAUAUGCGAAUUAUUUUAUUGGAAAUGUAAAUGAACGUAAAAAAAACAUAAUUAAUUAAUGAAAUUAUAGCUGUAAGGGAUAUUGUACAUAAACUGUGAAUUUUUUAUUUACGUUUCAGUAUACUGUCUUUACAAUCUACGCUUGCAUCUCGGGUACGUACUAUUUACGUUCCAUGAUGACUGAACUAAUUGUACACUGUAAAAAAGAAAAUGCUUCCAAAAUCAUGUGUGUACACUGUCGAUUUUUUUAGUUUAUAACUUUCAACUAAGGACCUGUUAUUUUGUUGAAAUAAAUGAAUAUCAGUUGGAUCUUGA